UUAUUUUAUUUUCUCUUUCGUUGGCUCUGGACAACAAUCGCUAAAAGAGAUCUCUAGAUUGCUGGUGGAUUCGAAGAAUCUCUCACGGUUUGUUCUUGACGACGAAUCACAUUCUUAAUUCUAUCCAGCUCCGCAUCGGUUUUCUCUGUUUGUUCCUGUAUCAGUUUUCUUUUGUAAAUCUCAAAAUUUUUAGUAAGAAUCAUGAAUUCCAACUUCGGGAAGAGAUCAUCUGGGUCGAUCAAUAGCUUUGAUUUCGAUCUAGGUCUCGGAUCAAGCCAUGGAAAACCUCUGAAUGGGCAGAAGAGCCAAACCUCUUCUUACUCAAGCUCGAAUUCGCAGCCGAGACCCGCGUGGCAGCCUGGUAAGCCUUCGUGGACGCAUCAACCGGCGCCGAAGCAGACGACGAUCCGAUCCGAGAUCGGAAGUGGACCGACUUCAAUGGUCGGCGAUAUUCACGGUAAGACUUGGGGUUCAUCCUCGGGAUCGGGCUCUGGUAUUGGGAUUGUUAACAAGGAUCCGAGCUUGUUCGGAGAUCUAGUUGGAUCAGCCAUCGGAAAAUCCAGCGGAAAAGUUCCGUUGAAGAAUGCCCCGCCUGCUGGUUCGAACAAGAGCUCUUAUUCCAUGGGGAAUUUGGCCGAUUCGUUGCCAAAAUCCGGUAAUUCGAUGAAUAGCGGUGGUGGUGGUUGGGGUUAUAGCAGUAAUCCGGGUGGUUUUUCAGGCGGUUUCGCAAGCUCCGGUGGUGGUAAUUCCGGUGUUAAUGCUAAUAGCAGUAUUAAGAAUCCAAAUCUUGGAGGUCCUUCGAUGAAAACUAUGUCUGGGACUAGCAAUCUUAGUGGGUCUGGUCUUCCUUCGAAUAGUGAUCCGUUUGGUUCUUUGCUUGGUUUCGGAUCAAAAUCAUCAGGAAGCAAAACCGGAAAGACUAACAACAAUGCACAAAGCAAUGCUUUUGGGAAUUUUCAGAGUUCAUACCAAUCGAAUCCGAACAGUGGAUCAACCGCUAAAAGCAACGACUUUGGAGAUUUCCAGAACGCCGCCAAAUCAAACACAUUCUCAUCAGGCGGAUUUGAUUUUGGUGUGCAAGCAAGUGCUCCUCAAGCCUCGAGUGCAAAUGAUGAUCCCUUGUCGAUGUUUUCCACUUCCAAUACCUCACCUGCACCAGCUACACCACAGACUGAAGAUUGGGGAUUUGAAAGUUUUGACGGUGGGGCUGAUUCUGGUGGCGGUUCCACAACCGAGCUCGAUGGGUUGCCACCGCCUCCACCGGGUGUAUCAGCUACAUCAGCUAAGAGCAAAGGCAUUGAUAACCAGAGGCAGGGUCAGUAUGCUGAUGCCAUAAAGUGGCUCUCUUGGGCUGUGAUUCUUAUGGAGAAAGCUGGCGAUCAAGCUGGAUCAGCCGAGGUCCUUUCAACUAGGGCUUCGUGUUACAAAGAAGUCGGAGAGUAUAAGAAGGCUGUAUCAGACUGUACCAAGGUACUUGAUCAUGACAAAAAGAACGUGACCAUUUUGGUUCAACGAGCACUUUUAUACGAGAGCAUGGAGAAAUACAAACUCGGAGCUGAAGAUCUAAGGAUGGUUCUGAAGAUCGAUCCGGGGAAUAGAAUUGCUAGAAGCACCGUUCACCGCUUAACCAAAAUGGCUGGUUGAUUCGUAGAUCCUUCCUUUCAUAUACCGGUAUUUCAGUUAUUGUCUCAAAGAGAAACAAAAGAACCUUCAAAUCUCUAUAAUCUUUCCCAUUUUCCUUUGCUCGAUACCGUUUUGUCUCUCAUCCACGGACCUUGCAUGUGUGUAUUCUUUCUGAUUUUCCAUGGGUUCUUCUAUAAAAUGGUCAGCUUAUGUA